AUGUGUCGAAUCAUAGUUGCAGAUCUAAAUAAAAUAAUUAUCAUUGUUUAUUACAUGUUUGGCCUGAAAAGGAUAACCAAAGAAAUGGGAUCAAUGUUUUCUAUGGCCUUUGUGACGUCGUUUACACCAAACAAUAUUUGCUUUUUAAUAUUUAAAAUUUCUUCUUCUUUUUCGGGACUUGGUGUACAUAUUUGGAAACUUAAUAAGAUUAAUGGCGCAUAUUAUGAACUUGUCUGCUGGGAACCUGAUAAAUUAUUAAAAGAUAUUGAUUGUACCCUCUUCUCUGUGUUUGUUGACCAAGUCCAGAAAGUCUUGAGUGCAGGAAAAAAUAAUUACUUGCAACGUGGAUCGUCUUCGCCUAACUCACGACAACAUCUACAGAGAACUUAUACUACUAUUCUUGGAAGGCAUCACUAA